AUGAGCAUGGAAUACGAAAUGACAGUUGGACAAGUUUCCAUUCCACAUAGGCUUUUAAUGUCCGCCCCAGGAAUGGUAUGCGACAAAGAUUUCCUCGAGAAAGAGAAGGAAAUGCUCGAGCAAGAUGAAAAUAUCGUAUUUCUGCAUGCUGACUGCCUUUCUCAACGCUCAUUACUCUCUGCCCGAGGAUUUGGACUACUCGUUUUCAUUGCCGCCAUGUUGUCGACUAUUUUGUACAUGUCCCCGCUCCCGUCUACAUACGGCAUAUUCUCGUGGAACUUGGCAGAGCAAGUGUGGAUCGGGCUCUCCAUCGUAUUGAAUUUGAUGGCUGGUGUCAUUCCCAUCAUUGAAGGAGAGAUGAAUUACAAAGACGCCUUGCACUGCAAGUCUGACAUGGAAGCACUUUCUAUCCCUCAGGCCUCCGUCAAUGAACUCUGCCCUGAUGGCUUCGAAAACCUCCGCGGUAACGCUGUAAUCUCAGGAGUCUUCUUUCUAUCCUCCCUUUGUCCCCUUGGCGUUCUUCUGUGGCUCACUAGAAGACAGAAACAAGCCCAAAUCAUCCUCCAACAACAAAGACAGAAGAAUGUUAAUUGCGAUAUUUUGAUAAUCGCUUCGAAUGGAGCCGGAUAUCCUGCUCAUUCCUCUCUCAUAACAGCACAAAGCGAAGUCUUUCGGGUGAUGCUCGAAAGUGGAUUCAAAGAAGGAACAGAUAAGCGAAUCCAAACAAAUGUUAAAGAAACUACUCUCCGAAAUCUGCUGGACGCUGUUUACUGUCAAGAUGUUUCAUCUUUGACCUUCACCCAGGCUUGCGACUUGCUUCAAACUGCGCUCUACUACGAAUUCGAUCACAUUUGCAAAAUCGUUGUUAAAUUUUUGGUGCAAUGCUGCCGCCAUCGUUGCCCGGAAAGCUGCUGCAUGUUUGAGGAUCCAUCCAGUGUAACGACAGCGCUGGCACGGUUUCAGGAACGAGAAUAUUACGCGCGGAAUAUCGCCAACAUCCAGCAUAUUUGCGAUGUUCUCUUUUUGUUCAUCCACAGGCAGGCUCGGGAACGUCAACUGUUCUCAGCGUUAAACUCAUCUAGUCGCAACAAAUUGACAUCGGCGUUUUUGCCAAUGUCAUUGAAGAACGUUUUGAUAAAAAACGAGAUUCUUGUACGAAUCUUGAAUGUUACCGAAUUCAUCCAAGACGUGAACAUCGACAAGAUCCAAACUCUGCAGCCAUACUGCUGCAAAACGUAUGGCGAAUGUAAACAUCAGCAAGAAAUGCUGGAAUCGAGGCACAAGAGUCAAAUUCGUGAACAGCUAGUAUCCGACCAACACGAAUUCAAACUUCGAACAAGCUUCACUGCGCUGGAACAUUCGUACAGAGAUAGUGAUGAUGAGGAAAUUCUGGUUGAGAUGGAAGAUGAAAUGAGCCCUGCUGAAAAUGUGAUUGAUCUGUUGAACCGCGAUGGAGAAGAAGUCUCGCCAGUUCCAGAGAGUGACUAA